GGGGGAGGAACGCUCCACAGUCACGUGACUUCCAACCGCCUCCCGCUCCUUGUAACCGAAUAUUUUUUAAAAAAUAUAAUAAUUACAAUGAAUAUUAUCAUCCCAGCGGGCGCUCGGCGGGUUAUGUUUGUUUCCCCCGGGAGCGGGGAGUCGGAGGAUCGCUGUGUCGGACGGCGCCCGGCUGGGCCCGCUGCGCUGGGCUGGGGGUGGAGAGGAGCUGGGCCUGUGUGGUGUGGUCACGUGGUGCAGCGCUGCGCUGUUUCCCCGGUAAAGAUGGCGGCUGUGAGGUAGAAAGCGGCCGGGGUCUGACGGAGCGGCGGCAUUUCUGAGCGGACAGAGCGACUCUCCGCAGGGGAUCUCGGGAGCCGGACGAUGAUGGAUCCAGGGCAAGAUUUGUUGCUCGCUGCUCUGAGUGAGAGUGGAAUCAGUCCCAAUGAUCUUUUUGAUGGCGAUUCCUUGGAUUUUGGCUUUGGUUCAUCACCAAUUCCAGCCAAUCAACAGUCUGUGCCAAUAAGUGCUUUAAGCGGCAGUAAAGAAAAUGAAAUGUCAAUUUCUGUCAAGCAAGAGCAAGUGGCAGUGUCCACCCCAACACUACUGAAUGUCAGACCUCCAUCGACCACAACUUUUGUACUUAAUCAGAUUAACCAGCUACCAACACUUGGCAACACAAUCGUAAUGACAAAACCAUCUCCUGUUACCACAACUCGUCAGACUAUCACAGUAACUAAACUUCUGCAGACAACCACCACAACAAGACCAACAACUUCACCUGUAGUACAGACCACUGUGACUGCUGUACCAGGCAAAGAACAGAUUCAAUUAAAAGACUUAUUGAAAAACAGCAGUUUAAAUAAGCUAAUGAAACUGAAACCCCCUCCUAAUAUUGCACAACCAGUGGCAACUGCUACAACUGACCUCCUAAAUGGAACAAAGAAAGAUAUUUCCAACAAGGAAGUAACACGAAUAUGGAUCAAUGAUGAUCUUAAAAUGAGGAGUUUUUCUCCAACUAAUAAGGUUCCUGUAAAGGAAGAGGAAGAACCGGAGGAAGAAGAUGAAGAGGAAAUGGGGCAUGCAGAGACCUAUGCAGAGUACAUGCCAAUCAAACUGAAAGUUGGAUUGCGUCAUCCUGAUCCUGUUGUGGAAACCAGCUCCUUGUCUAGUGUAACACCACCAGAUGUCUGGUUUCAGGCUUCUAUCCCUGAGGAAACCAUUGAUAAUGGCUGGCUGUCUGCUCUGCAGUUAGAAGCUGUGACAUAUGCCGCCCAGCAACAUGAAACAUAUCUUCCCAAUGGAGAAAGAGCUGGAUUUUUAAUAGGUGAUGGAGCAGGCGUGGGAAAAGGAAGAACUAUUGCUGGAAUCAUUUUUGAAAACUACCUGCUUAGCAGGAAAAGGUCCUUAUGGUUUAGUGUUUCAAAUGAUUUAAAGUAUGAUGCUGAAAGAGAUCUGAGAGACAUCGGGGCAAAGAACAUCCAGGUUCAUAGUCUAAACAAGUUUAAGUAUGGAAAGAUUUCUUCAAAGCACAACGGUAGUGUGAAGAAAGGAGUUAUUUUUGCUACUUACUCCUCUCUGAUUGGUGAAAGCCAGUCUGGGGGUAAAUACAAAACACGUCUAAAACAGCUUCUUCACUGGUGUGGAGAUGAAUUUGAUGGAGUUAUUGUAUUUGAUGAGUGUCACAAAGCUAAGAAUUUGUGUCCUGUUGGUUCCUCAAAACCAACCAAGACUGGAUUAGCAGUUCUAGAACUCCAGAACAAGCUGCCAAAAGCCAGAGUUGUAUAUGCUAGUGCCACAGGUGCCUCCGAACCAAGGAAUAUGGCUUAUAUGAGCCGUCUAGGGAUUUGGGGUGAAGGCACUCCUUUCAGAGAGUUUAAUGACUUUAUCCAGGCAGUUGAGAGAAGGGGAGUGGGUGCCAUGGAAAUUGUGGCAAUGGAUAUGAAACUAAGAGGGAUGUAUAUUGCAAGACAAUUGAGCUUCACUGGUGUGACAUUCAAAAUUGAAGAAGUCCCCUUAGGCUAUGAUUAUGUCAAAAUGUAUAACAAGUCUGUAAAGCUGUGGGUGUUGGCAAGAGAGCGAUUUCAGCAAGCUGCUGACCUCAUUGACGCAGAACAACGGAUGAAGAAAUCAAUGUGGGGUCAGUUUUGGUCGGCACACCAGAGAUUUUUCAAAUACCUCUGUAUAGCAUCCAAAGUCAGAAGAGUAGUACAACUUGCCCGUGAAGAAAUAAAAAACGGCAAGUGUGUAGUUAUUGGUCUUCAAUCUACUGGAGAAGCAAGAACGUUGGAAGCUUUGGAGGAAGGGGGUGGUGAACUGAAUGACUUUGUGUCUACUGCAAAAGGAGUGCUGCAAUCUUUAACCGAGAAACACUUCCCUGCUCCUGACCGGAAGAAGCUCUUCAGCUUAUUAGGAAUAGAUCUCAGUGCACAAAGCAAUAACAACUCUCCCAGAGACAGCCCGUGUAAAGACAAAUUAAAAAAGAGGAAAGGUGAAGCAUUAUCACGGGAAGCAAAGAAACCACGGAAAACUGGUGGUCUUGCAGGUAGCAGCUCAGAUGAAAUGGACAGUGAAUCAGACACAUCUGACAAGGAAGCAGGGAGUGAAAGUGAAAGUUUCAAGUCCGUCAGUUCUGGAGAUGACGAUGAUGAUUUUAAUCCGUUUCGCGAUGAAUCAAGUGAAGAUGAUGAAGAUGAUCCUUGGCUGAUUAGAAAAGACCAUAAGAAAAGCAAAGACAAAAAGAAGAAGAAAAAGAUUGAUCCUGAUUCAAUUCACAGUGCCUUAUUAGCAUCUGGUCUGGGAUCUAAACGACCCAGCUUUUCAACUGUUGCUAAACCUGUAACCCCCAUUGCUUCUGCUGCUAGUUUACCAGCUCUCUCCAGUAAUACAAAUCCUAGUAACAGCUGUGUGACGAGCCAGGAUGCUGUAGAGAGGGCCCAGCAGAUGAAGAAGGAACUUUUGGACAAACUUGAUGAUCUGGCCGAAGCUCUUCCACCAAACACCUUAGAUGAGCUCAUUGAUGAACUUGGAGGACCUGAUAAUGUGGCAGAGAUGACUGGACGAAAAGGCAGAGUUGUCAGCAAUGAUGAUGGCAGCAUAUCUUAUGAAUCUAGGUCAGAGCUAGAUGUUCCUGUUGAAAUUCUAAAUAUCACGGAAAAGCAGAGAUUUAUGGAUGGUGAAAAGAACAUAGCCAUCAUCUCAGAAGCUGCCAGUUCAGGAAUCUCGUUACAAGCAGACCGCAGAGCUAAAAACCAGAGGAGGAGAGUACACAUGACACUGGAAUUACCUUGGAGUGCAGACCGAGCUAUUCAGCAAUUUGGUAGGACCCAUAGGUCUAAUCAGGUUACCGCUCCUGAAUAUGUCUUCCUGAUUUCUGAACUUGCGGGAGAACAAAGAUUUGCUUCAAUAGUUGCAAAAAGAUUAGAAAGCCUGGGAGCUUUAACACAUGGAGACAGGAGGGCAACAGAAUCCAGAGAUUUGAGCCGCUUUAACUUUGAUAACAAGUACGGAAGGAAUGCUCUGGAAAUUGUCAUGAAAUCAAUCGUGAACUUGGAUUCUCCUCUGGUUUCUUCUCCACCAGAUUAUCCUGGUGACUUCUUUAAAGAUGUUCGGCAAGGAUUAAUAGGUGUUGGUCUAAUCAAUGUUGAAGACCGUUCAGGAAUACUGACUCUUGAUAAAGAUUAUAAUAAUAUAGGAAAAUUCCUUAAUCGUAUCUUGGGAAUGGAAGUCCACCAACAGAAUUCCCUCUUCCAGUAUUUUUCUGACACACUCAAUGCUGUUAUUCAGAACGCUAAAAAGAAUGGAAGAUAUGACAUGGGUAUUUUAGAUCUCGGUUCUGGAGAUGAGAAAGUGAGGAAAACUAACGUAAAAAAGUUCUUGACUCCUGGUUAUUCUACCUCAGGCCAUGUGGAGUUAUACACGAUAAGCGUGGAAAGAGGGAUGUCUUGGGAGGAUGCAACUAAAAUAUGGGCCGAACAAACUGGACCAGAUGAUGGCUUUUAUCUUUCGCUGCAGAUCCGAAAUAAUAAGAAAACUGCCAUUCUGGUAAAAGAAAUUAAUCCCAAAAAGAAGCUUUUCCUUGUAUAUAGACCCAACACAGGGAAACAAUUGAAGCUCGAAACAUUGUCAGAUUUGAAAAAGAAAUACAAAAAGGUCAUUUCUGAUGAUGCUUUUGCUCACUGGAAAGAACAGUACAUCUCAUCUGCUGACAUCUGUACACAUGCUUAUUGGCGAGGAAAUUGCAAGAAGGCUAGUCUAGGCCUAGUUUGUGAAAUUGGCUUGCGCUGUCGGACAUACUACGUGUUGUGUGGUUCUGUGUUAAGUGUGUGGACUAAAGUGGAAGGAGUACUGGCCUCUGUCAGUGGUACAAAUGUAAAAAUGCAAAUCGUUAGACUACGAACUGAAGAUGGGCAAAGGAUUGUUGGCUUAAUCAUUCCUGCAAAUUGUGUCUCAUCACUUGUGACUCUGCUUUCAACUUCAGACCAGUCUCAACAGAUCGCAGUACAGCAGCAGCAGAUGUGGCAGCAGCUUCACCCUCAGAGUAUAAGCAACUUCAAUGCUCUGUAGUAACAAGGUGGCGGAGACUUGGGUGUCACAGGAGAAGCUACAGGCGCACAGAACUGUGCAUAUAAAUCAGGGACAGAUUCCAAAGAGUUCAGUCUACUUGAGCAUAGAUGGACAUUUUGUUAUUUUACAAGUCAAGACUUGGGGGUCUUUGUGGCAAUCCACAAUUUCCUAUGUAGUGGCACAUUUGGUCUUUUCUCUUUUCUUUUGGUGCUUCCCUCCUGCCCCUCUAUAGUAAAAAAAAAAAACAACCUUUUUUUGAAUGCCACGGUGGUUAAAUGUUCAUUGCUUCCACCUCAUGGAACUUCAAAGGAUCCAUCUCUUUUUUUUUUUUUUUUUCAGUUUUGGAUGGGCAUUUUUGUGUACUUUAUGAAAUAUAGAGUUGGUUUGGCACAUCUUCCAUUUUUUUGUUCUCCCCACCCCGAUUCAUUUUCCACACAUUGCUCAGGGUUUAACUUGGUAAUCAAUGGUCUUUCUUCAUGUUAACUAUCUCUAAAUGCAUGUACGUGGGAGGUAUGAUGCAUAACAUUGGUGUAUAUACAAGUUCUUUCCCCUCACUUGUGUAAUGGUAAGAAUGCAUGCUUUCAUUAAUGCACUGUAUUUAUAAAAAGGUUAUUUGCAUUUUUGCUCUUACUUUGUUUAAAGCAGAGCGUGUCUCUGGAAGCAUGACUAGAAAAGGCUUUGAAUGUCCCAUUGCAGGGAGAGGAAACUGGUUGCCAAAUGUCUCCUCCCCCAUUUU